AUCUUGAGGACCAUCACCUCUCUUCCUCUGCUCCCCCACACCAUUCUUUACUGAGCUGCUGUCACCAAAAUUAUCUUGCUGAUUGAUUACCUGCGAACACCAAUUCUUCCUUUUGCAGAUUCACCGGAAGGGAGAUAAAUACUCAUCACCUUACUGCACCGAAAGCUCUCCUCUGCCUUCUCCUUUGACAUACCGCAAGGACUCUCAUCCAAUGGCAGCAGAAACAGGGAGGCUCAACGAACCCAUCAAACAGACCCAACGAGUAGCAGCAUGCCCUUCUUCCGCGGGAUCCCUCCGAGGCUUCUUCUCUUGUGAGCGUCGCCGAGCAGGAGAAGUAAGGAAGAGCAGGCGCAAGAGGAUGGGGUGCUCCGGGUCUUUCUGCAGGUCGAAGGAUCUUCAGCGGCCCGAGGCGUCGCUACCCGAGCCUUGCAAGAGGCGGGCGUCGGUCAGUGGCCGCACCGCCACCGAGAGAUCGAGAAAGAUGCCGCUUACUGAGAUCAACAAUGCGGUCUCCACUUCCUUGGCUUCCGUAGCCGUCUCGCCUGCUUCCGUAGGCGUCUCCUCUUCGUCUUCUCCGCUCGGUGGGUCGUUCCGAGGAAUGAACCUGGGGAGGCUCUCCGGCUGCUACGAGUGCCACAUGGUGGUGGAUCCAAUAAAUGGGACGCCCAGGUAUUCUUCCGUGAGGGCUACCAUCUCUUCCUGCCCUGACUGCGGAGAAAUCUUCAUGAAAGCCGACAGCUUGGAGCUUCAUCAGGCCGUCAGACAUGCAGUGUCGGAGUUGGGGCCUGAGGACACCGGUCGGAAAAUAGUCGAGAUCAUAUUCCAAUCGAGUUGGCUCAAGAAAAGAACACCAGCUUGCAGAAUAGAGAGGAUCCUCAAAGUCCGCAACACUUCCAAGACGAUGGCGAGGUUCGAGGAUUACCGGGACUCCAUAAAGAGCAAAGCCAGCAAGCUCGCGAAGAGGCAUCCGAGAUCCACCGCCGACGGCAACGAGCUUUUGAGGUUUCACUGCACAACCUUCAGGUGCACCCUCGGCUUGAACGGAGCCACCAACCUGUGCGACUCGAUUCCGCAGUGCAGCCUCUGCAGCAUCAUAAGGGACGGAUUCAAAGCGGAUGCGGCGGGGAGCAUACGAACCAUGGCCACGAGCGGGAGAGCGCAUGAUGCGGAGCACGUCACGUCGGAGAACGAGAGGAUUGCGAUGCUGGUGUGCAGGGUCAUAGCAGGCAGAGUGAGGAGGAGCCAGGAAGCGGAAGAGGAGUACGAUUCGGCGGCUGGGACAGCAGGAGCUCACUCGAAUCUCGAUGAGAUGUUUGUGUUCAACCCGAAAGCCAUUCUGCCUUGCUUUGUUGUAAUCUACAGAUGCUGAUCACUGCAAUCGAUUGCAUAUGAUUUAGUUCCAACACAUAUCUUGAGUCGCAACAACAAAGAUUAGUCUACAAUAACUACUUGGAUUCA